AUGGAUAUGCUGGCUGAUGGUCGUGAAUUUCUACUCGGAGAUUCAUCACCAUCUGCAUUCGACAUCACUGCUUAUCAUGGAUUAUGGUUCGUCAUGGAAGUCUUGGGUAAUGAAGUCGAGAAAAUUUUACCACAGCUAAACCAGCCUAAAUUAUUAGCUUGGUUCGAGCGUGUGGCUAAAUUCGGUCAUGGUACGAGAAAAGAAAUGACGCCUGAAGAGGCACUCGAUGUGGCCAAACAAACUGAACCAGUCGAGCCCACGUACAUCCAAAAUAAUUCAAAGAGUGAAUGGCAUGUUGGUCAGCAACUACGAGUGACACCUGAUGAUGUUGGUCGUGUACCAGUCGAAGGAACGUUUGUCGCAGCAGACAACUACGAGACCGUGCUCCGUCUAUCAAACGAAACGAUAGGCAAUGUUAACGUUCAUUUUCCCCGUGCUGGCUUCGAUGUCAUUCCAGUUUAA